ACAAUCACGACCUGGUUUGUUUGUUUGUUGUGGUUGGCGACGAAAAAACCGCCAGGACACACACACGAUGCCACGACCGCCAGCAGCUGCACAACGCGCUGGCAGUGCAAGCACAAAGAGCACGAGAAGCACAAAGAGCAGGAGAGAGCUCGCAACAGGAGCAAGUAGCAGUGAACGUGUACGUGGUCGCCGUCAACACCGAUCUGAACCGCGCAAGGAGGAAGCAAAGAAGCCUCAUCGUCAGCAACAGCGCCCGCCGUUCACGCUUGAGUUCACAGAGGCUGCACGAUCCCCCUCCCCACGGGGACGCCGCCACGGCACAGCGUCUCAAAGCCCAUCCCGCCAUACCCUGCAGAAGGCGGCAGACUCUGACGUGUGGAAGCUGCGUGUACCCAGCAAGGAGUGGCUGGAGAAGUAUGGUCUGGGCAAGCUGGCACUGCCCUUUGAACAUCACCUGUCAAGGCGUCACAAGGCAAAGCUGGAGCGGCGCAGAAAUCGCCUACCACAGCGUCAUGGGGCGCCAAGCAGCGACGACAGCGAUUCCGACGAUGACAGAGACACCGGCGACGACGACGCUGAUGAGACGGGCGCUGCGAAAAGAACGCAUGUACAUGGGGGCAAAGCGGAGGCGGAGAGCGAGGACAAGCUCGAUGAAGAUGAGCUUGCGGCGCUGCACGUGUCUGACCUGAAGGAAGCGCACGCCAAGACCACCGCCUGCCGCCAACUCGUACAGCAGCGCCUGGACUGGCUGUUGGAAGGAAGCCGCGCACAUUUCGGCGCGUUGACCGGUGUUCAGACCGCCAUCAUUAUCGCCGAUGAUCACAGCGACAAGCGGCGCCUCGUCGACCUCCUCUGUGAGCUGCUUGAGGACCAAGUGCUGCUCCAUCCGUCCAUGCAGUGGAUUCGCGCAACCGCCUCUGCCGCCAUUCACCAUUUUAUGCCCGACACAAAGGAAUCCAGUCUCAACCAGGUCUUCAAUUGGCUGCAGCAGCAGGCCCCUUUCGCGCCAGCCCUCACCGGCCAAGAAGCUCGCAAGAGCGUAGCUUCGUUGACGCCGGCGCAGACGCGCGCACACCAAUCUGCGACGUUCUCCUCCCUGCUAAAAGGCCUCACCAUCCGCUCUCGCUCGUCGUCGCCGCAUGGCAUCUCCGCCGGUUAUCGCGAGGACGGCAUUGACGUAUGUCGUGCUGUUGAUGCCGCCCUCGACCACCACCCGCGCCCGCGCCGCAUCCACCUCAUCCUCGGCUCCCCGCCACGCCGAUCGGACGAGCAAGUGCUCGAUCAUGUGCGCCGCGCCCUCGCCCGCGCCGGACAACACGUCCGCCUCGAUGUCGUGUGCACACACGCGCAGAACCGCCGCCUCCUCCAGCUUGCACAUCAGCUGGCCAAAGUUGGGCGGGGGCGGCGGCACGUGCUGAAUGUGGAGAGCGGGGAGCUGUGGAGCGAUGACGUGCGGGCGGUGCAGCGACACCUCACGCGCGCAACGAAGACAGAACGCGCAGUGGAGACGGCGCUGAAGGAGGCGGUGAGGAUCGCACACGUGCAGCAGCUGGCAGAGGACGACCGGCGCCGGGAGACGAAACAGAGAACACAGCCCAGGCGUGGUGGCGGUGGCGGUGGUCGCAGGCGAGAAGCUGGUGGCAGGGCGAACAAGGGAUGGAUUGUUGGAGAUACAAGGUCAUCACGGCUGCGGAUGAAGCAACGUGAUGGCGACAGGACACAUGACAAGCCAACGACCGCCACCAGACGCGUGAGACGCGACAAGCGCGAUCUCUCGCGUGUUCCGGCACACGAUGUACCGCCGCAUCUCCUCGGCAGCACGCGCUGGCUGCACAAGUACGGCCUCGACGUGCGCGGCCUCUCCCCAUACACGGUGUUUGCGGAUGUGGCUUACACGUGUUCAAAGCCUGGCCUCUAUAUUGGACGAGAGUACAAGACCAUGUGCAAGGUGAUGUGGACAGACGGCGCCGAGCGAACGGUGCACAUUGAUCCGGCGCGCGUGCUGAUUCUUCGCCGCCAAAUCGCUGUUGCCAAAGACCUCUACACCCGUCGCCUCAACUGGCUCGGAACAGGGUCGCGCCGGCUGUUUCCAUCCAUGCAAGAGUCGGUUGUCACCAUCGUGGUGGAGGCGAAUGCAAAGACGCAAAAGUCAUGGCCGCUGUUGCUUGCACACAUCAAGGCAGCACUGCAGGAACAGGUUGUGCAUCGCUCCCACUUCAACGUCGUGUUGUAUGGUGCACAUGCACACAAGUUCAGCCCAGACGUCGUCCCCGCCUCCAAAUCGUCCAUCCGACACGCAUGGGAAUGGAUCAAGUACUUUGACAUUGAGGAUUCAAAGGCCAACAACAUCUACGACGCAGCAAAAGCCGCCAUCGAUAACCUCAGGCCACAGCGCCACGGCACCGAGCAUGGCAUUUAUUGGGUGACUGCGUCUGGCAAUUCGCAAAAGUCUGAACCGACCAUCGCUUACAUUCGAGAAAUCCUGGCUGAAGGACACACGCACAUGCACAUGCUCUCGUACAAUGCACACCACGUUGAACGCACUCGCGAGCUGCACCAACAGCUGGCCGAGGCCGGUGGAGGGCGGUACCAGUUUGUGCAUGAGGAAGGAACAGCGCUUGAUGAGGCGCACAGGCAGGACAAGUCCUGGACAGCGACGCAGGAGGCUGUGGCUGCCAUUGCCGCCAAAUUCAAAACCAAGGAUAGUGCUGAAUCCCGGGCGCUGUGGAAGAAGGCACGAAAUGCACACAUUACACAAAACCCAGGGAGCAUUGCUGAGUUGCAUGGACCGCCAACGCUGUCGCUGGAUUCGUUACGGAAACAGCAAUAUGCUGUUCUCUCCACGUGGAUGCACCAACGCACGCGCACGGCCCUUCACGAUGCCCUUCGCAGCGAUGCACUGGAUGAGAGUGGAUCUGCGGAGGUGGUCUGUAAGUCAUGCGGCACAGACACGCUGCUCUUGCAGCAAGAGAUUGCGCGCGCUGACGAGUACGUAUCUGUGCUGGACGGGAUGCUGACGGCGCUUCCUGCUGAAUACGCGCUGGCGGCAUUCAAGACCGCAGAGAAGAGGGGAGAGACCGUCCCUGCACACAUUGCGGAGGAGUUGAGGAGGAGGAGACAGGAGGAAGUACAGCAGCAGCUGGACAGGGAACAGCGCAACAGCGCUGAUGAUGACGAUGGGCGUGGGGGCGCCGGCAGCAGUGCGGAUGAGGGCGGCGGCAGCGCACGCAGCGAGGGCAUGCGCUCAGAGACCGGCAAAGACAGCAGAUUGGCACAAGCACGAACACAGACCACCACCACUAUUCCAAACACAGGUGGAACAAAUAGAGGCGGGGGCAGAAGCGAACGCACACAACAGCUGUCCACUGCGGCUGGUGGUGGUGCCGGCGGCCGAGCUAGAGCGAAAACGCUGCGUCACGGUGUGCCCGCUCACGUGCCCCUGACAAGAAGCACGCAGUUGCGACAGCAGCAGCUGGAGCGUCGGAAGAAGAACAACGAGAAGGGCGCGGGUGACGCUGUGCGCCCAUUCACGGCCCGAUCUGCACCGCACACACGAGGACAUCGCUCUGCAGCCACCACCGCGGAAAACAGCACCAGUAGCAGCAGUGGCAUUGGUUGCGGGUCAAGUCGACGCGCCAACUCCGCGGGCACAAAGAAGAGGGCAGUGGCCAAACAGCACAGUUCAUCUGACAGUGCGCGAAGCAGGCGGUACAUGCUCAUCAACACCCCUGCGGAGAUGACUGGUCCCCAGCGCGGGCCAGCCGUCCCAGCAGAUGCGGGCGACAACGUCACUGUGCCCGGCCUGGCGAAGGCGCCGGUCGACAUGCCGUGCACGUCCAAGAAGUGGCUCGCAAAGUGCAGCCUCAAGAAACUUCGCCUGACGAUGGACGCCUUCCUGGCCACCAACAGUCUUCUACACGAAGAGCAGCACGUCUCCACGCUCGCGCGCAACGUUCAGGGAGAGUUUGGCUCGCUCUUCCCGGUGAAGACGCACACGAACAUCAAGUCCAAGAAGAAUGCUGGUGCCUGCUGGUACGUGAUGGCAAAACCACAAGAGUUCAGCGAGUACCUGAGCAAACUCUCACGCGUCCUCACUCACUACGAGCAGCGGCUGGCGUGGCUCACAGAUGGCUAUCGCCGCGUGUUUGGACAUUUCCAAUGCAAGGUUGUGCUGGAGAAGGAGAUUCGGGCGGUGAAGAUCUGCAUGCGGCGGGCGCACGAGCUCAAGGAGGCCGUUGCGUCCUCAGUUGGCCGGAAACAAGAACCAGUGGACAGCGAUGACUCAACCGACGGCAAGCAGCAACAACAGCAGCUGCAGCGCCAGAAGAAGAGCACAGGCGGGCAAAGUUGCGACACAACAACGGCAUCAACGGCAGCGACAGAGGGACUCGAUGCUGACAUGCGGCGACUCCUUCGUUUGCGAGACCGCGCACGGGCCGCUGGUGCUCGCCGCCUCCGUGAUGACGACGAGGAAGAUGAUGGUGAUGAUGAUGGUGAUGAUGAUGAUGAUGAUGAUGAUGAUGAUGGUGAUGACGAUGGUGAUGGUGAUGACGACGAUGAUGACGAUGGUGAUGGUGAUGACAACAAUGACUCGGCCGUGCUGUCUCGGCAGAUGACGCGAACCCCACGGAGCACGCGGUCGACACAGCUGCGACGGAUGGUCACGGAGUUGCGGUACAAAGAGGAGGGGGAGGAGGAGGGCAACGAACAUGAACGACGUGGCGGAAGGACAGCUGGAAGGAACCAGGCGCCAAGUGAUGGUGAUGACCAGGACAGUGAUAGUGGUGAUGAUGACGGUGACGGUGACGAUCGUCAUGCAGAUGAGCGGGCUUGGGAGCACGAAGGGCAUCUGAUCGAUGACGAUGCCGGUUUGAACUACAACGACAUCAUGCGAGCUGUAGGGCGUCGUGCUGCCUCUUCACCACCACAUCACCACCGCCACGCUGAUGCGGAGAGCGACGCGGGAUCUGUUGACACGUCACGGCUGCAUUCGCACAACCGGACCGUGCGGCUCCUGGCAGGUGCAAUGAGUGACGCGGACAUUGACGAUGUUGUCAGCGACGACGACGAUGAUGAUGAUGAUAGGCAUGGUGUGCACAAUAGAGAGCGCCGUCACAACAGAGCAACAGCGAGGCCACGACCCCACAACUCCAGAAGACAUAGGCCUGCAGGAUCGGUGGUUCUGAGCAAUGUCCCCCGAUUGGCGACGGAAGAAGACAUUGUGGCCAUGUUCCGGCGACGUCACCUGAAGCCUCCGUUCAAGGUUGUGAUACCCUGGGACGAUCAGCGCGAGGAAAACGUGGGCACGGCUUAUUGCUUUUUCCACCUGCUCCACGACGUUACUCGUGCUGCACAGGCGAAACGCCUUCACUUGCAGGGGCAAACGAUAUUUGUGGCAAAGCGUGCAAGCAAGCAGGACAUGCUGCCCCACACAUCCAAGGCGCUGAGCGAAUCUCUGCUCACUGUUGGAAGCAAAGCCAUUCAUCAGCACUGGUUUGCUUCCAGCCUGGCGUCCUCCUCUGCCACACUGUGAAGUGCUGCGUUUGCUUUGUUGGUUGCCGCCCGAACAAGAACAGCACCACACAACCACCACGUUGCAGUUGUUUGACAGUAAUUUGUUAUUGUGCCAAGUCAUUUGAUUGCUAUUGCGACAGCACCGACACGAUGCAUAAAUUAUCUCGAGCUGAA